AUGGCCGACAUUCAAGCAAUGGACAUCGACACAGACACGACCGAGCAGGAGAUCCUCCUCGCUGCCACCAACCAUGACCUAGAUUCGCUCCGCCGUCUCUUGCGCACGCCCAAAGGCUCCGCCAACGUCGUCGACUCGGACACCGGAAUGACCCCUCUCCACGCCGCAAUCGCUGCAUGCGAGCCCGACGAAGACACUGCUCAGGAUAAGAAAUAUAUGGACAUCGAUGAGGCUGCUACACUCAACGACUCUGCUCUCGACGAAGACGAGGCCCUCAAGAUUGUCAAAUACCUGCUUGAAAAUGGUGCCAUCUGGAAUGACUUGGACGACAACAACGAGACUCCUGGAUGUCUGGCUCUGAGACUUGGCUUGAAGAAGUGCUAUGAGGCUAUGGUCGAGGCUGGUGUUCGUGCUGAGCUUCUCUUGAGCCGUCUCGACGGUUUCGAAAUGCUGGCACAGUACGAGGACGACAGUGAAGAAGAGGAGGAAGAGGAAGGCUUCGAGAUUAUUGAGAACAUGAAUGGCGACUCUCUACAAGAAUCCAUGAUCGAGCUUGUCCAGGUUGACGAGAAUGGCCAAGAGACAAAGGUCGAUGUCAACAGCGAAGACUACCUUGCUUCGGAACUCACCUUCAAGGGUGACAGACUGCUGGACGCCGACAAGAACGGCGUCAUGAUGUCCUGGGAGACGGAUAUCAUGCAAAAGACCGUCGACCGCCUCUGCCCCGAGCCCGGACUUCGUGUUUUGAACGUCGGUCACGGCAUGGGCAUCAUCGACGGCAUCUUCCAGGACAAGAAGGUUGCAGUCCACCACAUCAUCGAAGCACACCCCGAUGUCCUUGCUCGCAUGCGCAAAGACGGCUGGUACGAGAAGCCUGGCGUCAAGAUCCACGAAGGCAAAUGGCAAGACGUUAUCCCCCAACUCGUCGAGCAGAACGAGGUCUUUGACGGCAUCUACUUUGACACUUUUGCCGAAGAGUACAAGGCUUUGAAGGAAUUCUUUACCGAGUAUGUCAUUGGUCUGCUUGACCCUGAAGGUCGUUUCGGUUUCUUCAACGGCCUCGGUGCCGACAGACAAGUAUGCUACGAUGUUUACACCAGAGUUGUCGAGAUGGACCUCUUUGAUGCUGGUAUGGAUACCGAGUUUGAGGACAUUCGAAUCCCAGAUCUCGAUGAGCAGGGUGAGUGGGAGGGUGUGCGCCGCCGCUAUUGGGCACUGGACAACUACCGCUUGCCCACCUGCAAGUUUGUCGGUUGA